AUGGAUCAGUGGCAAGUGCGCGAAGCCGCGGCGGCUGAACUCGGCAAGGGGAAGCUACUCACCAAGCCGAACGGAGCACCCCUCGACGUCGAAAAUGGCUACAUCCCUCUAUUGAUAAAUCUUACAUUCGAAGACAAGGCAGCAAAAGGCUUACGGAAGCGAAGACCUGGUGACAAACGAGAGGCUGCGGUCUACUUCACGGCCCUGGAGGCUGUCCAGGACAAUCGAACCCUGCUGCUCACCGGGCCAAGCGGGGCCGGAAAGACAACACUGGCCAAGCAUAUCUGCUUCAGUUUUGCAACGGGUUCCGCGUACAAAUCGAAGCCGGUGAUCCGGAACGAAGACGGAGAAGUGCACGAGGAGAUAUGGGAUGGAAGCACAAUCGUCCCAUAUCUUGUCACUAUUGAGAGUCUAAAAGAUUUGCAUCGAUUUACGGAGGAACUCCCUCAUUCUCUCCAAGCAUGGUCAGAGAGAGGUCCAGCAAGAGAAAAUCAGGAGAUCAUAUAUGUAUUGGAUUCAAUUGAAGCCUCGGGUGUGGGCGGCCUCGGUCUUCUGUCUUCAGUCGUCGACAUGAUAAGAGCUUCGUACGGGGCUCGUCUGCUUGUGUUGGGGCGACAAGAGGAACUUCACAACUGGAUUCUACCGAGUGGCCUUGUCAGACAGCAACUGUUGCCUUUAUUGCAGUCACAGAGGCUUCAGUCCAUUUCUGGCUUCCAAGAUGGCUUAUCACCUUCACUCUCGUCCUUGGGUUCGGGAAGUGCAGCUGCAUUGCCAGCCAUAUUUGCCAUGUCAUUGUCCUGUAAUAGUGAAGGAGAGACAAAUGAAGGGGUUUUGGAUACGUGGAUCGAAGCGUAUAUCAAAUCCGCAGGUGGUCUUGAAGAGCUUCUCAUGAACGCACAUGAUGCGUUCUAUGGAAGAUACAAUGGAGCACUCUCCAGCGUGGUUCAACAGCCUUUCAUGUCCUCUCGGGUGUUUCGAGAUCUACUAGUUGCCAAACAUUUGGCUUCAAAGCCGGAUGCCGCACUACAAGUUCUUGGCCACGAUUCUGUAACAGCACAGCCUAUCGUCAAAAGCCUCCUUCAUCGAAUAUCCAACCAUCCCACGCGGAAAUCGCUUAUUGACAGCAUGUUACAUGCGGAGUCAGGGUUAACGUCCCUGCGCGUGGCCUUGCUCGCGGCAGACUUCGUAGAUGUGCAAGAAAAUACACAAGUUGUAUCUGCCAGAUCUAAAUUACUUGAGAUCCUCAUGAAGGGCAGUUUAUCUGUUCCAGAGCGUGUCAUGGCUGGGCGCAUUUUAUCUCGGCUUGGUGAUCCACGAGAUCUCGAAGCGCUGGCAGUUAUCCCAAAAGGCCGGAGCACUCACGGCUCAGCCAGCCACCCAAAUUCAGCACCUCCGUAUGAGCUCGAGUUAGAUGAAUUUAGAAUUGGAAUUUUCCCCGUCGUCAAUGCCAAUUAUCUGAAAUUCAUCCAAGAGACGGGCCGGGCAUGGGUAAGCCCUGAUGGCAAUGAUGCUGAAACACAGAACGCACCAGCAACAGAUGUCACAUGUGGCGAAAGUCUGGGAAAAUUGGGCCAAGAGAUGUGGUCCAGCUUCCAACAGAACCCCAAUGGGAGCGGGCAUGUAGAGGGAACCAAGUUGAGACAUGCCCAGCAGAGAUCAUUUACCCUUGGGGGCCCAUAUGGGCAGCGGAUGCAUCCAAUUGCGAAGAUCUAG